AUGCGAGAUAAUGAAAAACAGAAACUCUAUGAAACUAUUAAACAAGAAAUACGUUCAUUAUUAAUUAGUUCACCAAAAACUAAAUAUGGAGGAUUAACAGGUUCAUUAUUAUAUUACGAUUAUAAACAAUUAAAUUGUGGAAACGAAAUACCAUAUAAAGAACUUGGUUUUCAUUCAGUGUUAUCUUUAUUAAAUUCAAUGCCUGAUGUUGUUCAAAUUGAAUUUAAAGAAAAUAGUACAUCAUAUCGUAUUCAUCCAGUAUAUGAUAAAACAACAGCACAUAUUCAAAAAAUGGUAUUGGAACAACGAGAUAAAUAUGAAUAUGAAAAUCAAAUUCCUUUUCAUCGUAAUAAUAAUUAUUCAUUACAACGAUCUUUUGACCCACAACAAUUCUCUCAAUUCAAUAAACCAAAUAUAGAAUCUACUUAUGAGCCAUACUUUCUUUUCACACCGAUACCACCAUUAGAUUAUGAACAAAUCAAUAUUCAAUCAAAUAAUGAAUUAUCUCAAAAAAGAUUAACAUUGAAUAAUGAUCCAGAUGGUUGUUCAACUCCUAAAACUUUCAUCGAAACACCUAUUCAUUUUGAUAUUGAUGAUUACCGUUUAAAUGAAUCAAUUCAAGAUAUCUCUAGUAACAAAACUAAUACUUCUCCAAUUGAUAAUCCCUUUAGUACACAUGAUGAACCAUUACUCCCAACGACAUCGAUUAAUAUCAUUUCAAAUAAUGAAAUAAAUUCACAAAUUGAAGAAAUAUCAUCUAUAUCAUCAGAAAGUGAUAAAAAUGUUUUACCACCAAUAAUUGAUGAACAUCGAUCGAAUAAUUCUCAAUGUAUUUCAACAUCAUCUCCAUCUAUUGCAGAUGAAGAAAACAUAUUAACAGAUAAUGAAAUAUCGUUCAAUAUUGAUCAAUGCAUUGAAUGUAAAUCCGAUGAAUUAAUAAAACGAAUUCAUAAUGCUGUACGUCAAUGUAUUUCUUUUCGUUAUAUUCAUCGAUUAUGUCAAAUUAAAUUUGAAUAUCGUUAUUAUCCAUUAACAAACGAAAUUCUCUCAAUAAAAUCUCAACUUGAAUAUGUUGCUUUGAAUGAAUAUGAAAAAGAAUUAGAAGAAUAUGAAAAACUCUUUCAAUUAAAUACUUUAAUUGAUGAUGAUAUAUGUCAAACAAUGUUUAAUGAAUAUGUUUUUUUACAACGUAAUUAUUAUUAUAUGAAGAAAUUAAUGAAAAAAAAACAAUGA